AUGGCAGUGAGCUCGAUCAAGAACUCGAUCGAGUCGAGCCUCGAACAAACGAACUCGAUCGAGCUGGGGACUGAAUGCAAGGAGCAAGCUCAAGGAGAUUGGUCUGAGCUCAAGGCACCUAAAGUCGACCUCAAACCUUUGCCUGAGGGCCUCAGGUAUGCAUUUCUGGGUGAAAACUCAACUUACCCUGUCAUUGUGAACUCUGAUUUGGAACCUGAACAGUUGAGUGCUUUGCUUGUUGAAUUGAGGAAGUACAGAAAAGCAAUAGGUUACACUCUAGAUGAUAUCAAGGGGAUCUCCCCUGACCUAUGCAUCCAUAGGAUUCAUCUAGAGGAUGAAAGUAAGUCAAGCAUUGAACCUCAAAGGAGAUUGAACCCCAAUCUAAAGGAAGUAGUGAAGAAAGAGAUACUCAAGUUGCUUGAUGCUGGGAUAAUCUAUCCCAUCAGUGAUAGCACUUGGAUAUCUCCAGUUCAUUGCGUCCCAAAGAAAGGGGGGAUCACUGUCAUUAAAAACGACAAAGAGGAGCUGAUUCCCACUAGAACAAUAGUGGGGCAUCGCAUGUAUGUUAGAAAGAUUGGCAAACCACCCUUUUAUUGUUUUCUUGAUGGCUACAGUGGUUUCUUCCAAAUCCCGAUCCACCCUAAUGAUCAGGAGAAGACCACUUUCACAUGCCCUUAUGGCACCUUUGCUUAUCGAAGGAUGCCAUUUGGGCUGUGCAAUGCUCCAGCUACUUUCCAGAGGUGCAUGACCUCCAUUUUUUCAGAUCUGAUAGAGGAGAUGGUAGAAGUCUUCAUGGACGAUUUCUCAGUCUAUGGAGCAUCCUUCUCCUCAUGUUUGUCUAACUUGUGCAGGGUGUUGCAGAGGUGUGAGGAGACCAAUCUAGUACUCAACUGGGAGAAGUGCCACUUCAUGGUUCGAGAAGGGAUUGUGCUUGGACACAAGAUUUCCGAGAAAGGGAUCGAGCUCGAUCGAGCUAAGGUGGAUGUCAUGUUGCAGCUCCCUGUUCCCAAGACUGUGAAGGACAUAAGGAGUUUUCUGGGUCAUGCAGGGUUCUACAGAAGAUUCAUCAAGGAUUUCUCAAAGAUAGCAAGACCCUUGACAAGGCUUCUGUGCAAGGAGACAGAUUUUGAGUUUGAUGAAGAAUGCCACAAGUCUUGGACCUUGCUGAAGGAUGCUCUGGUAUCUGCCCAAUAG